AUAUUAUCUGCCUUUGUGUUAUUCCACGAAAGAAAACUUUCAAAACUGUGAUCGCAGUUACUUUUAAAGUGAAACGGAAAGAACUUGUACAUUUAUUGAGUUGACAUCUUAGUUUCAUUUGACGUUCUUAUUCUAAUUUCUAUACGAUGACUGACUCUCACUUGCUUGCUGUAGCGUUCGACUUUGGUACAACAUACAGUGGCUAUGCCUUUUCAUUUCGAGACAACCCGUUAAAGAUACAGACUAACCAAGGUUGGAUUGCAGGCAGUGAUCAGCUGAUUUCGCUGAAAACGCCAACAUGUGUGCUUCUAAAUUCUAAAAAGGAAUUUGACUCCUUUGGGUUUGAAGCUGAAAAUAAGUUUGCAAGUCUUGCCGAAGACGGACAACACCAUAGCUGGCUUUUAUUUCGAAGAUUCAAAAUGCUCCUUCACAGUAACGAAACUCUUUCAAGAACGACAACAGUUGAAGAUAUCAACGGGAAGUCAAUGCCUGCAAUGACAAUUUUUGCCAUGUCUAUCGGAUAUUUAAAGCGACAUUUCCUGGAAGCACUUAACAAACAGAAAAUUGGGAUAGAGGACAGCGAUAUAAAAUAUGUCUUAACGGUGCCAGCUAUAUGGAAUGACAAUGCUAAACAGUUUAUGCGAGAAGCUGCCGAGCAGGCUGGAAUAGAAACCAAACGCUUGAAGCUGUCUUUUGAACCCGAAGCAGCCUCGAUUUGGUGUCAGACUAUCACGACGAAAGCAAAGGAAAGUCUUUCCAAAUCGGGAAACCAGUACAUGAUCAUUGACCUGGGAGGUGGAACGGCUGAUAUCUCCGUACAUGAGAAGCAGAUCGAUAAUACGUUGAAAGAGCUGCACAAAGCUAGCGGCGGGCCGUGGGGAGGCACAGUUGUUGAUGAUAACUAUUUACAAUGGCUGAAACAGAUAUUUGGAAGCGCUACCAUGCAAAAAUUCCAGGAAGAACAAAUGGAAGACUAUUUCCAACUCCAUAGAGAAUUUGAAAUAAAAAAGCGAAGCAUCACACCAGAUUCCAAUGGAAAAAUCACCGUUAGACUGUCUGCUUCACUGAGAGAGCUUUAUCAAAAGAAUGAAAAAGUACAAUUGGACGACAAAAUCGCCUCCUUGGGAUUAAAGGGCAUGGUUACAUUUACUGGUGACAAGUUGAGGGUCGACGCUUCAGUUAUCAAGGGAUGGUUUGAGGCCCCGAUCAACAGCGUGAUCACACAUGUACAACGCGUUCUUAAAGAACCAAACAUGCAGAGAGUCGAUACAAUUCUUAUAGUAGGCGGAUUUGGCGAAUGCAAGUUAGCACAAGACCAGAUUCAAAAAGCGAUACGAAACAAGUGCAUCAUUAUCCCAGAAGGAGCGGGUCUUGCUGUUCUAAAGGGGGCUGUUCGUUACGGCCACUCUCCAGAUAUUAUAUCGUCAAGGAUAAUGCCUCACACGUACGGCUUUAGUGUUCUAGAGACAUUUGAUGAGCAAACACACUACGAUGCUACCAUUACGUUCCUAGAUGGUGAGAAAUAUGCUGAAGAUGUAUUUUCCACAAUUAUACGAGCUGGGGAAGGGGUAACAUUAGGGAAAAUCAUAUCUAAAGGCCCGUACACUCCAACUUGUCAAGACAAUACAACUUUUAAUGUUUACUGUACAGAAAAGGUUGAUCCGAAAUACACAACAGAUCCAGGGUGCAAACAUUUGGGAAGGCUUAGAGUUUCACACUCUAAUGGCCGAUGCUGCAAAGACAACAAAUUAAAUGCUUCAUUCAUAUUUGGUGACACAGAACUACUGGUGAAAGCUGUAAACCUUAGAACUGGAGAAGAAUUUGAAACAUACAUUGACUGUCUUUAGAAUGCUUUUUGGGAUACGUUCAGUUAAGUAAUAAUACUGUUUAAGUGAACUUAAAAAUAAAGGUAUGCUAACUUUUUAACGUUUUCCAACCGAUUUGAAAAUAAAAUGUAUUCGUUAUCCGAAUAUAAAUGGUGUAUUACAAAUGUAUAAAUACUUCCUUCUGAAAUUUUACGAACAUUGAUAAAAUAUACAGCGUAAAUCUCAAUUUUAAUUUUAUAAGUUUUCAAGGUAUGAAUCUGUUUUUCAUUGCAGUGAAGCUUUUUUCUGCAUUUUUACUUGUUUUCCUGAUCGGUAUGUCUUAAAAUAUCCUUUAGCAUGUUUUUAAUUUUUGUUAACAUUUCUUUUUGAAAUUGGUGGAAAACCGUGACAAACAAUUUAAGAAAUCACCAUGUUAAAGGGAAGUAAUUCUGAAAGAUUUUUUUUUUGUAAUUGCGGCAAUAUGAUACAUAUGAUAAAAGAUUAUAAUUAAAUAUUUUACAGAAUUGAAUGGAAAUAAUCAAUGUUAACUUGUUACCUUGACCUUUGAGGUAGGGAUAUGGGUAUUGCACACAACACAUUGUCUCAUUAUUGGGAACAUUUGUGUUAAGUAAUAUCAUAAUCCCUUAAUGGAUCACAGAGUUAGGGAUAAGACACGGAAAAAUCCCUACUGACUUUCCGACUGUGACCUUGAUCUUUGAGAUACUGAUAUGGGGUUAGGGAAGACAUGUUGUCUCAUUUUGGGGAAAACUUGUGUUAAAUAAUAUUGUAAUCCCUUAAUGGAUGACAUAGUUAUGGGCCAGACAGGGAAAAAAACCAAAUUGAUUUUUAACCUCUGAAUGCGACCUUGACCUAUGAGACAGGGGUCUAGGUGUUGCACAGGACGCAACAUCUUAUUAUGGGGAACAUUUAGGCAAAGUAAUAUCAAAAUCCCUUUAUUGAUCGUUGAGUUACAUGCUAGACAAAGAAAGGGUCCUCUUGAAAGUGACCUCCCAGGAAGACCUUAAUCCUUAAUCUUUAAGCCAGGAGUCCGAGUUUUGUGCAUGACACGUCGUCUUAUCCAGAGACGUAUCUGUGCCAGCUAAUACUUUUAAAAUCCUGUUUUGCAUGAUAAAAUUAUGGACCGGACAGGAAAAACACCCACUGACCUUUGAACUCCAAGUGCGACAUUUAAGCUAGGGUUCUAGCUGCUGCAAAUGACACUUUGUCUGAUAAUAGGAAACAUUUAUGCCAAAUAAUAUUGUAAUCCCUCCAUGGAUGACAGCGUUCUAGACUGGACACAAAAUGGACUCUGUGCAUGCCAUGUUAACAUUUGACUGCCAAGUGUUACGUUGACCUUAAAGCUAGGCGUCUUAAAGUUGUGCAUGACACAUCAUCUAAUUAUGGGGUAUAUUUUGCAAAUAAUAUUAAAAUUCCUUCAUGGAUUAUUUAGUAACAGACAAGGCAGAAAAAAACCUUUUUGCCUUCAAGAAUAACCUUGACCUUUGAGCUAGGGGUCCGGGUUUUGCGCAUGACACGUCAUCUUAUCAUAGGAAACGUUUGUGCCAAGUGAUCCCGUAAUGGAUGUCUGAUUUAUGGGCCAGAUGCGAAAUUGCUGCUGACGGACGGAAUGACGGAAGAACAGUCUUUGUUUGUGUUACAGUCCUGUAUAUUGUAAAUGGGAAACAUUUUAAUGUUUCUGUUAAAAAUUUGUUUUAAGUUGUAAUGCAAGUGAUUUCUGAAAUUGUAAAUUCCAUUCAUGUACAUUGUUGUUAUUCGACAUUGUUAUAUAAGGACAGAGUUUAAAAUUACAGCAUGCGUAUUAUCUUUUUGGUGUGUGCAUUUUGUAUCUAACCUUCACUAAAUAAAGAUCUUAUCAUUAG